AUGGCUCUAAAAAGCAAGGUCCUUGUAGUUGGUGGAACUGGGUACCUAGGCAAGAGGAUUGUUAAGGCAAGUUUAGCACAAGGUCACCCCACCUAUGUCCUUCAACGCCCGGAGAUCGGCUUAGACAUUGACAAACUUAAGAUGCUCAUGUCAUUCAAGGAGCUCGGAGCCCAUCUUAUCGAAGCCUCUUUUUCCGAACACCGGAGCCUCGUUGAUGCCGUGAAACAAGUUGAUGUUGUUAUAUGUGCCAUCUCCGGUGUUCAUUUUAGAAGUCAUAAUAUUCUUUACCAACUAAAGCUUAUUGAUGCGAUCAAAGAAGCUGGAAAUGUCAAGUUAUGGUUAUCAUCAUAA